GCGGUGUGAGUUUGCCACGUCGGUUUGUGUGCAGUGCACGACACUGUUGCUUCCCUAACAGGGCCAACUUUAAAAGCUGUUUUAUGUUGUUAUUCGCAGUUAAAGCCGCUUCUCUUCAUCUUCGUUGGCGUCGUAGCUCACUGUAACGUAGUUGUAGCUGAGGGUAGCGAAGCUGGAAAGCAGAGAAAUGUUGGCUGCUGUGUGGACUCGUCAGCCUGGAAGCCGCUCUGACUGACUGAUGCAUCCUGAUUUAGUUCUGUGUGCUCCUGUCUACGCUGUAGGCCCAGUCUGUGUAUAUGGUGGUUUAUUGAGAAGGAGAGGAGUCUCAGCGGCUGUUUGUUGGUUGGAGGAGUCUGUGGUUGCCACGGUAACUGGCGACCAUGCCAGGAGGUCGCAGGGGUCCCAGCAGACAGCAGCUAAGUCGCUCUGCUCUGCCAUCCCUGCAGACACUGGUUGGCAGCAACCUCAUUAAUGGUACAGGUCUCAGAAACAGGAGCAGUAACUCUGUUGGUCUGUCUGCACCACCUCUGUCAGCUCUCAUUACGCCAGAGCCUGUCCGUCACUCAAGAAUCCCCGAGCUGCCUUUGGAUAGCAGCCUGCUGUUUGAGUUCCUGCUCUUUCUUUAUCUGCUGGUGGCCUUGUUUGUCCAGUACAUAAACAUCUACAGAACGGUUUGGUGGUACCCAUAUAGCCACCCUGCUGCCUCCACCUCACUUAACUUCCAUCUCAUGGACUACCACCUGGCUAUUUUUAUUACAGUCAUGUUGGCCAGGAGACUUGUCUGGACUAUAGUUUCAGAGGUGUCUCAGAGCAGCGGAGGAUCACUGGUCGGCUAUGUGGUUUUGAUUGCAGCCCGACUCAGCUUGCUGGCUAUGUGUGGUUGGGUGUUGUGCUGGACACUUGUCAACCUGUGCAGAAACCAUUCUGUACUCAACCUGCUUUUCCUGGGUUAUCCGUUUGGUGUCUACGUCCCUCUCUGUUGCUUCCACCAGGAGGGAGCGAAGAGCCAAAUGGUAGCAGCAGCAGACUGUGAUUACCCGGCCGAGCACCAGCAGAACGAACUAUCAGAGACGCCGUUCUUUCGACCACGUGACUUUUUAUUAUUGUUACGAGAAAACAUAAGAGAGCAGUUUGCCAGCCCUCCACACAUGCCUACUCACACCUGCCCGCCCCACACACACACUCACACACCGGAGAGGAUUCGCACCGAGGUGGAGGAGCUUAAGACCGAUUUCAACCGGCGAAUCAAAGAAGUGCUGUUCAACUCGCUGUUUAGCGCGUACUACGUAGCCUUCUUGCCUCUCUGCUUUGUCAAGAGCACCCAGUACUAUGACAUGCGAUGGUCUUGUGAACACCUGAUUAUGGUCUGGAUCAAUGCAUUUGUGAUGCUGAUGAGCCAGCUGCUGCCCCCUAGCUACUGCGAUCUGCUUCAUCGCUCUGCAGCUCACUUGGGCCGUUGGCAGAAACUGGAGCACGGCUCAUACAGCAACACACCUCAACAUGUGUGGUCAGAAAGUACCAUCUGGCCUCAGGGGGUGUUGGUACGACACAGUCGAUGUCUAUAUAAGGCAGUGGGACCCUAUAACGUUGCCCUGCCCUCAGAUGUGUCCCACGCAAGGUUUUAUUUCCUGUUCCACAAGCCUUUGCGGAUCCUGAACCUGCUCAUCUGGAUCGAGUCCAGCGUGGUUCUCUACCAGUUAUACUCUCUGCUGCGCUCUGAGCGCUGGAAUCACACUCUGUCUUUGGGCCUUAUUCUCUUCUGCAACUACUAUGUUCUUUUUAAGCUGCUCCGAGACCGCAUCGUGCUGGGAAAAGCCUACUCCUACCCUCUGUCCUCCAACAGCUUGGGGCUGAAGUCUCAGUGAAGAAGGCUUCCUGAUCUGGUACAGUGGAUAGAGACUCAGUUUGCUCCAAGUCCUCAUGAGGUGAAAGGACAGACUGUGAACUCUUUGUCAUGUUUUGAUACGGUUCUAUUUUUAAUGCGAUGUUUAUAUAUAUAUAUAUAUAUAUAUACACCUAUUUAAAAGAAUAUUUUUAUUUUGUAUACAAUUUUGAGUUACGCUGGGCAUUACCACGCUGAUAUUAGCAUGUUGUGUUAUGUUGUUGCUAGGCGACAGGAGAGCAAGGGAAUGCCAGAAGGCGACUUUCACCAAAGAUAUUUCAAGUGCAGGUGGCCAAUCACAUACUAGACAUGCCCACUGUCACUCAGAUGAACCUUCUUCUUAUAAUCAAACAAGCAAUUCACUGCAGAGUUGGAGCAGAGUCUUUGUUGGGCUUUUUGGCUUUUGAAUCUGGAGAAACGGACGCAGCAGUUAGCAGGAUGGUUUGAACGUCAUUGUCAACUCCGUGUGUUUUGACAAGUAGAUUUAAACCAAGGCCCAGUUUUCCAGCCAGUUGUUUUGAGGAAACGCACCUUAGGUACUCUGUACAAAAUGCUGUAUUCUUUUUUGUUUGUUUGUUUUCUUUCUCUCUCUGUUGGAUGUUUUUUUUAUGUCAGUAUCUACUUAAUUCACAGCGCUGUCUAUCUUGUGGGCACGUAACAUUACCAGGCUUUACAGAGCGGAACCAGGGUAUCAAUCUGUGAGAAAGUGUUGGCUGUAAACUCAAACAUCCAAAGAGAAAAGUCACUUUGAUCUUCCACACUCGCCUGACCUUGUUUUGGAUGUUGCUGUAAGUCGGAUGAUCAUUGAAGUUCUCUGUUCUCUGACCACGUGGACAAAGGUGCUGUGAUGUGGCCUCUUAGUAUCAUCUGGUUAUUGUACAUCUUAUUUGCAUCUUGGUGCCUGAAUAUUAAAACCAUAAUGGAAUUGAUCCGGUCUGUAUUUGCCUGGACACAGAUAAGUCGAUAAAUGCAGCUAAUAAGUCAUAGAACCUGAAUGUUCCCUCAGUUGUUCUCUAAAUGUGCCCUCUGUCACAGAUUUGGCAGACAGUAUAACAUGUCCAGGGGUGAGGACUGUUUAACAUCGUUACCAGUUGUCACAGUUUAACCCAAGUGGCUGUUCUUUUAGGUUUAAUCACAGUCAGUGAAUGUGUGUGCACGUCUUAAAUUCAAGUGUCUUACUCUCAUUGGUGCCGCCUUUCUUUCACCUACUCUGUGCAGACCGUGUGUCUGUGGCCAAAGUUAUUUUUGUAAUGGGACUCUUUAUCAUUUAAUUCAGCUGACAGAAUGGUGGUGCCCAGUGCCACGUAGUUUACCAGUCCUGAGGUGGUAUCUACAUUGCUGUUUGCUCCUAACAGUACAAAAUGUAGAUAUGCUUGAACAGACAGUUGGCCUUAUUCGGUAACUGGUCGUACUAACAUAUUCUUUAGGAAAUAUGUAUGACUCGUUUAAGAGAAUCUCCUGCCUUUACUUUUGUAGCUACAAACAAAAUCCUCAAGUGUUCCAGACCUGCGGUAAAGGUUGUGCGUCUAGUCUCAUUAGUCUUGGACCUUGCUUAGACACGUACACACAUCAUUUAGGAGAGGAUAACUCAACUGUUCUAGACUAAUAUGACCCGAAUGAACAACUUGGGAUAUGUGUAAAAAUGUCUGUCCAGGAGAACGGCCUGAAAAUGACAGGAUUUUUCAUCCUGAGUGUUACUUCAUAUAUAGCUCUAUUUUCUAAACUGCAGCAGCUAUAGCUUUUCCAAGGUAUUCAAAAUGUUCAGAAUGACGGAUGCGUGUCUGGGAGGAUCAUUUUAAGAGGUAAACCACUAGAAAACAUUAAGUCAAACAACCUGAAUUUUGUUGUGUUUACGUGUUUGAAAUAGAAACAGUAAUGUGGUGUUGUAAGUUGGAUUACUGGCUGUUGGGAAGUUUUCCUGUUACUCCCUUAAAACAUUUAAGAUGUCUAGAUACUUGGUUUUGGUUUGUUUUUCACUUUAAAUCAGUAUUCCAUUGAUAACAGCAUGACUGAAUAAAAUUAUAUUUGGCAAAUGUUCAUUACCUUUCAAUGUUUAUUUCAAUAAGUUGACCCACUUAUUUUAGCCAUUUUCUCUUAAAAUAAAAUACAAAUUUUACACUCUUCUAUGACCCUCCCAACAUUUACUGGUCAUGCUGAUUAUUUUGAAUACAUUGGAAAAUCUAUACCUGCUGCAGUUUCGAAAAUACAGCUGUAGUACUACAGCUUUGUAGUAGCACUCGGGAUGAAAAAGGGCGUGGUCAUUUUCGAGCUGUUCGUCACGGAGAGAUUUAUAUAGAGAUUUUGGAACAUAUCCCAAGUUGUUCAUAGGGGUCAUAUUAGUCAAGAACAGUUGAGUUUCCCCUCCUAAAUGAUGUGCAUACGUGUCUCGGUUAGGUCCUCUACUACAUCUAUACCUAGGUUUUCUGGGGUUGUUUCAUUACUUUGAAGUAGUUUUAGUUUGAAAGUCCGGCAUAAAUUGCUUGUCAAAAUUGCGCUGAGGGCCAAUCCAAGGUUUACCCUGCCUUUUGCUUAUGGUCCACUGGAAAAUCUCCCCCGAACUAAGCAGGUUCAGGAAAUAAAUGAAUUACAUUGACAUCUUGUUUAAAUUAACAAUUGGAACAUAGACUAAUUCUAUAAUUUUGCAUGUAGCCAAGCCACAUCAUUAGUUGAAGACGUAUCCAUGACUUUCUCCCAUGGUAGAUGGCAAUGGCCGCGUUCGCGUUAACCCAUCAGAUUUUUAUAAAGGUAGCUGAAAUUGUGCAAAUGUUCUUGAAUGAGGCCCAGUAAUACAAAGUUGGAAAUCUGCAGUAAAUCUGGUCUUUUUUUUGUUUUUAACAGCCUGAUUUCAGGACUAAGGAUUAGCACAACAAAACCCUGUCCAUUGUUGAGUCUGGCGAUGAGGUGAAGGAAACCGUGUUGAGUAUUUCAUGGACGUGCAACACAGUUCAAAUGAGAGGUAUUGUAAUUACUUUAAACUUCCAUGCCUGUGCCUGUUACGCUGCAGUGUUUGUCAACCCAGGUCUAAGUCCAUUGGUGCUGCUUACCGAUGGUUUGUUGAUCUGUGUGCAUUUGGUCAUUGUCCAGUUGAAUGUAGCAAAAAUUUUCAUUGGUCUGGUGCUCUUAUAUUAAAAUGUCACAUUUGAGACAUUAAGGACUCCGUUAAUUCCAUUUUCUGUCGGUCUGCAUUGAAAUAAGUCUUGUAAUGACUCACAUUCUCUCUGCCUACUUUUUUUGUGGUUUGGUGGAAACCAUAAGAUAGCUCUGAGAAUGGAGAGUGACUGUGUCCCAUGUUACGGAAUUUGUCAAAUUGCGUUGCAGCAUUUGUCUUCAUUCAUCAUAUGUCAGGUUGCAGUCAUGGACUCCUGGGAAAAACCUGUUGAAUGUUUUGGAAAAGGAACAGGUCCUUAUAUUUCGGCUUUCUUUUGUUUUGUUUUGUGUUUUGUUUUUUACAGUUUUUUUUUUUUUUUUUUAACUAUCCCCACAGCAUUUCUGAAAAUGCUUUUGGCAUCUGAAAUAAUAAACAUGGUGUCCAGACG